AUGUCGCUAUCCGACUUCGUGGUGGAAGCCGCGAGGGGAGUUCUCCUCGGCCUGCUCAUCGGCCUUGUCGUCCUCUGCAUCCUCGUUGCCUGCGACCAGAGCCUAAAGGAGUCUAAGCCCACGGUUGUCGGUGCUACCACGGCGGCCCGCGGCGGCUUUCUCGACAAGGCCCAGGCCGAUUUGCAGGCUGAGCGCGUCCGCGAGCUCGAGGCUGGCCUCGCCAAGCGCAUGACCAACCUCACCCACCUCGAGAAGGAGCUGGCAGCCUUGAAGGGCAAGAUGGCGAUCGAGGCGAUCGAGCUGAAGCUCAAAACGACAGCUGCGGUGGCCGAGUUUGAGGUCAAGACGGCCCUCCAGGCGCUCGCCCAGGCCAAGACGGCCCUCCAGACGCCCGCCCAGGCCAAGACAGCCCUCCAGACGCCCGCCCAGGUCAAGACGGCCACACCGCUCGCCACGGCGCACGACGAGGUGGCCCGCCUCAAGACGGAGGUCGAGGCUCUCACCGACAAGAACCGCCGCCUGGAGAGGGCGCUUCGACACUUCCUGGACGACGACGAGUCGAGCGUCAGCGCCGUCUCGGACAAGUGA